CCAACAUCAAUAAAUCGAAAUGGAUCAAAUCGUUGAGGAAAGUGGAGAAGACUCCCAGGCACCAGAGUCAACAUUUGAAGAUGAUCUCAUUCCGAAGGAAAUAUCCGAUGAAUUUUUCGAGGAGAUGUGCUCGAAAGCCAACUUGACGGUGAAAGACUUACAAGGAAACCAACAGUAUGGCUUGGCUGAAGACUUUCAAAAGUUAUUGCUUACCAGUCAACAGUUGCGGCAGCAGUUGUUGGACGAACAAGAUAAAAUUGAGAAGAUGCAAGACGAAGUCUCGGCGGCUGCUGGAAGAGUCUCCCAAGCUUUAGCGAUUUCCCAGAAGGAUCAAGAUACGAUUCUGGCGUUGCGAUCCGAAAUUGAGGAUGCUUGGAAGAGAGCGGAUGCAGCUCAAUCUCGUGAGCAGACGGCACAGGAAGCAAUGAAUCAAAUGCGUGAAAAGUUGGAGAAGCUGUCUGCUGACUCUGAUAGGCAUGGUGAUAAGGAAGAUGAAGUGGGAACGGCAAUGGGGAAGCACAAGGAGAAUAUUUUGAGAGAACGCGAUCGUCUGUUCGUGGAGGUUGAAGAGCUGAACCGUCGUCUGCUUACGCAACGGACCUAUACAGAAGAGUUGGAACAGAAGUGUAAUGACUCCGAGAUUAAGGUCAAGGAGCUGUACAAAGUGCUGGAUGAGACAUCGAAUGACGCUUUUCGCGACAAGCGAAUGUUGGAGAACUUACAGGCUCAGCAUUUGGAGGUUUCGACCGAGUUAGUACAGAAAACCGAUGAAGCGAAGCACUUUAAGCAGCAAGCAGAAGCGAGCCAUAAGACUACUGUCCAGCAGGGGAUGCAGAUGGCAGCUAUUCGGACAACUCUGGAGCGUUUGACUACAAGCAAUAAUUUGCUACAGGUGAAGCUUGCAAAAGCUCAGGGGGAUUUUGAGAACAUGGUGCAACUGAAGGAGAAGGUUACAAAUGAGUUAAACACGAAGGUUAACAUUCUAAAACUGAAGGAAGAUGAAAAUAAUAAAUUUAGACUGGAGAAUGCGAAGUUAUCGAAGAACAAAGAACUGUUACAGAAGAAGAUUGUACUACUAGAGACGGCUAAGAGUACCUUUGAACAAGAAGUUACAAAAUACAAAAAUGUGAUUGUAACUUUUGAAAAAGAACGUGAUGCUACAAAGAAAGCUUUCGAUUUAUCCAAGAAGCAGGUGGAUGCGGUUCUUCGUGAGCGAGACUUGGCUAGGAAAGAUUUGGCCAAGGGGAACAAAUCGAUCUCUGAUUUGAUGGAGCAGAUAACCUUGUUGGAGAAACAGCAAAAAACACUUGAAAAUGAAAUCAAGGGUUAUCAGGCAGCCGCGCAAAAGCAGAGCAUGCUGAUGUUGAAAGUAGAAAAGGAUCGUGAUCGAAACGCGGAGGAACUUCAAAAUUUCAGCGACAAGAUCGAACAAAUGAACGAGGAUCUGCUGUACAGACAGAAUCAGAUUGUGGAGUUGCGUGAGAAGUUGAAGGAAACAGAUUCGAAGCUGUUCCAGUGUCAAAAUUCUUUGGAAUUGACUAGAGGCGAGAGAAACAUCUUCGAGCGAGACUUGGCUGUUUGCAUGAAUGAUAAUAGUAGUUUGAAAGACCGACUGAAGAAUUCCAUCCACACAGUUGAUCAGCUGAAGGAAGAAAAUUCCUCCAAAGUAGCAGAACUGUUCAAAGCAAACAAAACGAUUGAUAAGAUCGAAAAGGAAAAACAGACUUUGAAAUCAGAAGUCCAGAACAUAUCGAUCACUCUACAGCACACUAAAUCCGAAUUACAUGAGAAAAUGAUGGAAAAUGUCCGCCUGAACAAGACACUAACGGAGGAUGAAGCAAAUAUGGUACGUCUACGGAAGCAGCUGGAUGGAACGAUCAAUGAGAAAGAUUUGAUCAAAGUGCAGAUGACGCAACGCGUAGAUGAGAUUAAUAAUCUAACGGAAAAAAUGAAUAUGUUGAACAUGGCGCUGGAUCGGGGCGAGAGUCAAUACAGAGAUCGGUUGGACGACAUUCGACUAUUGAAAAUAGAGAUCAGCAAUCUGAGAUCGCAGAGAAAUCUUCUGACAAGAGGGCUGGCCAACACAGCGGACGUGCGUCAGGAAACAUUGCAAUUACAUAGAGUUUUGAAUCAAGAACGUGUGAAGGCGAGAGCUCUCGAGGAUGAAAUGCUGACGCCAAUGAAUGUACACCGCUGGCGCAAGUUGUCUGGCAAGGAUCCAGAAAAGAUGGAUCUGAUUGUCAAAGUACAAACGCUGCAGCGUAGAGUUCUGUACCAAUCGGUUACCGUUUCCGAACAAGAAAAAACCAUUCAAGAAUCGGAUAAGAUGUACGGUGAACUGAAGCAAGUGGUGGAAAAGUUGCCACAUCAGAAGAUGAAGGAGCAACUAUGUGCUACUCAAAGGGCACUGACUGCACGGACCAAGAAACUGAAGGCUCUAUCGGCGGAAAUACGCGUGAAGGAGAUUGACAGCAAGAGCCAGGAAUGCCUGGUUGAAGAAUUGAAAAAGUCGCUGCUGGAAACCAAGAAAGAGCUAGUUAAGCAGAAACGAGACAAGCUGAAACUAACAGAAACUGUACAAAAUGCUCUAAUGCCAGCUAAUGGAGGACGCAGACCUUCCACCCACCAGGGAAACGUUAUAAUGGUUCAACGAAACUCUACGAGUGGUGGUUAUCGAAUGAUGGGAUCCGGAUUCAAAGUCAGCUGUUGAGCGAAGCGGUCCAGGGUUGUUAAUCGAUAACAGUUGAUAUAUAAGCUUUUUCUGGAUUUCACGUUGUGCUACAUUUUUACGCAUCAAUUCGGAUACAAGAGGUAUCGGAUUCCUGGUCACAUGAUGUAAUGCUUGCUCAGGUGGG